CAAACAGUUAAAAGUUAAAAGUCUCAAGUCUCUGCCCUUGACUGACGCACGUGCGGUCGGUCUGUGCUUUUACGUCCAUGCGAACCUGUCCUCGUGCCGGUUCGGUCCAUUCUCCGCCGUUAACCCCAUUCGGAUACGUGUUUAUUCUGUUCAGACAGACUGCGGGUUAAUCCGGUUUCCUGUUGACCGAUUAAAAUGUCCGGAAACGGUAAAGCGCUGUUGUUUUUACUGCAGAGAAGUGUCCGCGCCGCUCAGAUUAACACCGGGGUCCGAACCACGGGGACAGCGGUUCUAACCGGGGUCCGAACCACGGGGACAUUACCGGUCCGCUUCAUUCAGCACAGAACAUGGGCAUCAGUCGGACCACGGAGCCUGUGUGGGCCUCGGUCCGCCAUCCACACCCCCCUGCUCGGCCUCUGUACCAGGACCGAGGCCCCCGUUGCGGAUGAAUACCCUCCACUGCCCGAGUACCACAGUGAGUCAGAACCACAGAAGAAGGAGGUCUACGUCAUCCAGGUCAAAGGUCUGCCCUGGUCCUGCACAGCCCAGGACCUGCUCCAGUUCUUCUCAGAGUGCAGAGUCCGUGAUGGGUUGAAGGGGAUCCACCUGACCACUGACAGACGGGGGAGGCCGUCUGGACAAGCCUUCAUUGAAAUGGGUGAUGAGGAGGACAUAACCAAAGCUCUGCAGAAACACAGACAGUACCUUGGACCACGAUACGUUGAAGUUUAUGAGAUAACGAACAGCGAUGCCGAGGCCAUCCUGAAGAGGGCGGUGCAGAAUCCAUCUACAGAUGCCGUGGUUCGUCUCCGAGGUCUGCCUUACACCUCCACCGAGGCUGACAUCGCACAGUUCUUCUCAGGUUUGGACAUUAUGGACAAAGGGAUCAUCAUUGUGACCGACCGCAGAGGCAGGAACUCUGGAGAGGCUUAUGUACAGUUCUGUUCUCAGGAGGCGGCAGAUGAAGCUCUGAGCAGAGACCGAGAGAUGAUCGGAAACAGAUAUAUCGAGGUGUUUCCCAGUGGAAGGGAUGAGAUUCUUUCCAGCCGGAGGAACUCAGGACCAGUAUCGGGUUCACCUCAGACCAGUUCAGUCUCUUCACACCCCAGACCGGUAUCUGCCAUGCAGACCCCUCGCAGACAAGGUUCACAUAUUGCCUCGGGGUCGCAGCUGCAUUAUGUCCAUAUGCGAGGUCUGCCUUUCUCGGUGUCAGGAGAACAGAUCGUACAGUUCUUCUCUCCUCUGGUGGUCUCUAAAAUCUUGAUGGAGUAUGGUCGUGACGGUAAAUCGAACGGAGAGGCCGACGUUUACUUCAGUUGCCACCAGGAGGCAGUAGCAGCCAUGUCCAAAGACAGAAUGCACAUUGGUGAACGAUAUAUUGAAUUAUACCUGAACUCUGAACCAGACUCAAAUUCCAGGUGAACACUGAUCCCAAUGACGAACACUCACAACGCAGUUAUAUUUAUUUUACAGACUGACCCGGACAUUGAACAAUAAACAUUCCUCAUGUCAAAACAAGCCAAUGUGUCUUUGUUUCACUGCAGAGAAGUCCAUCAGUUCAACAGAGAAAAGCUCAUUAACUCUUUCAUUCCCACUAGAUCAAUGACAGUCACCAUUUGAUAUUAAAAACAUUAACAUUUCUACAAUAAAACGUUAGUCGAUAUACAUGUAAGAUGCCGUUAGACAGAUUAGAAUCUCCACAGUUAAGUCUCUAAGUUUAUUUUCCAGUAUUUCUGAGCAACAAGACAUGAGUGAAAGAAUCCUCUGGAUACAGAUUGAAACUAAUGGGACUAAUAUGAGCUCUGGUUGUUUUUUUAAACACAUUACAACAUUUUCUGAAACCCAAAAGUUAUUACAUUUAAAUGAUGUGUCACUGAUUAAUUUAGUCCUUGUUCUUCAGUUCAAAGCUUUGGAACUUGAAAUAUAUGAGAAAAUUAACACACAUUGGUGAUUUUUCAUAAGAUGUUUAGUGGAAUGUUUUGUUGCUCGAUGGGGUUCCACUUCACUCUAAUCAGAUUUGUAAUAAUGGAGCAGUUUUCUGCUAGAACGGUUAUUGAAAUAGCUGCUUUGGUUUAGGAAAGAAUCAGGUGUGUUAAUGAACAAAAGUGAGAACAAAGAGACGUAAGAUUGAAUCAAGGUUUAUUAUAUUUCAUAAUGUGUUAAUUAGCGUUGACAUUGAAGACUGAAGGCCCCAAAGUUCUAAUUCAUGUUAAUCCAAGUGUUAAAGAUGCCCUAAUACACUGAUCAUCUACGCUUCCAUCCACAGCUGCGGUUUGAUAAUGAGAUGAUAGUUGUGUCUGUUUAAUUAAUGCCAGUCUUAACUCAUACACAGCAGCAACAACAAAGAAAUCUAUAGAAAAUAUUCAGCUCUGGAAACUUUACAAAAUAAAGAGCUGCUCCAUAAAUUAGGAGAUACAACUGAACAUUUGGAUUCUCACAACCAUAUGAUAAAGCUUAAAUAUUUACCUUAAAUUCUUCUUUGUAGCUUGUUUUUCUGAUCUUAUUAAAAAAAGAUAGGACCAGU